CGAUGCGCAACACGCAUGCACCGCAGCGGAGGGGGAUUCUGCAAAACUUAAGGGUGGAUGACAUUUGGAACUCUGGAACACAUCAACACUUUCAUGCAUGUGCUCACAAUUUUGAUCAGUAACUUUCCUCGUGUGCAGCUUGUUACGCGCAAACAGAGACGUGCGUGCCGCGUUUUCUUGCUCCACUCCACUGAUCCACUCAACUCUGAACAUUUAACAGGGAUGCAGCAGCUCUAAUGACAUUAUAAUGGCCUAUUGGCUGUUGUUUCGCAAUUGGGAUCAAGCUGUUGUGAGCUGAUUAAAGCGAAUAUUUAUCUUUGUUGCGCUGCCUUUUUUUUUUCGCUUUACGCACGAAGAUGAGCUCGGAGAAGCCCAACUUUCUGUCGCAGCCCGUGGUGAAGAACCUUUUCAUGUUUCGGAACGGGGACCCCUACUACGAGGCUCGCCGGAUAGUGAUCAAUGAAAAGAGAGUGUGCAACUUUGAGACUUUACUCAGAGAAGUCACCGGCGGGAUACAAGCGCCGUUCGGAGCGGUGAGAAACAUCUACACGCCGAGAGGAGGACAUAAGGUGGACUGCUUGGAGAACCUGCAGAGCGGGGAGCAGUACGUGGCUGCUGGGAGGGAAAGAUUCAAAAAGCUGGAUUAUCUGCAGAUUGGUUCCAGAAAGAAAAGGAUGCUGCAGACUCUUCCCGUGCAGGCCAGACCGCUGCCACAGAACAGAAUCAUUGUGUCAGCUCGAUUCCUGAAACCUAUUAAGGAGCCGUGCACAGUUUUCGUGGUGGCUAAUGGGGACGUCCUGAACCCUGCAAUGAGGCUGCUGAUCCACCAGAGGAUGCUGGGACAGUUUGACAAAAUACUUGAAAUGAUCACAGAGAAGAUGGGCUUGAGAGUCCUGGGGGGUGUGCGAAGUCUCUACACCUACGAAGGCCACCAGGUGAGCAAUGGGAAUCAGCUGGAGAGCGGUCAGCUUUAUGUGGCUGUGGGCAGAGAAAGGUUUAAGAAGCUUCCCUACAGUGAUUUACUCUUCACUAAACCCAGAGGAACGAGGAGGGUCAGAGGAAUGAAAGCUUACUCUCUACCACCCAUCUACAGAUUCUCCAAGCAAAGUGUGAAUAAUAAGUCUUUGGUUGGGUGCAGUGACAGCGGAGAUGGAGAAUCCAAAGCUUCUCCUCCAAACCACAAUGGCACCAGUAAGGAGCAUCUGUCCUCCAUCGUCAGAGAGAUCUCUCAGGCCAGACUGCUGUCAAUGAGGAAGAGGAGGAGUGGACAGAGCCUAACUCUCGACACAGCUGAAAAUGAUGAUGUGGAAUCAAAGGCUGAUGAUGGAAAUGCUGAAGGCAAACCUCCCCAAGACCAGCCAGAUAAAGCGAAACUUAAUACCGACGAUGCAAAGGAGGAGAACGGGGAAAAGGCGGAAGAGAAGGAGGAGGAGGCUGCUUCUGAAAACACCGAAGAGGAAGAUGCUUCCCCCAACAAAGAGGACAAGAAGGAAGAGCAGGAGACAAAAAAAGAGAGAGGAGACGAGAAGAAGGAAGCCGAUGAGCAAAAUGAUGGAGAAGCAACAGCAGCAGAUGAGCAGAAAGUGGAGGGGGUGAAUGAAGAAGUGAAAGAGGAGGUCAGAGACGAGAGUAAGGAGGAGGUUAAAAGUGAGGAGCAAGGAUCUGACAGUGAUACGACCCAGGACAGUGAAGAGAAACAGGGGGACCAUACGUCUUCUGAGGGUGAAAAGGAGCAAGACAAAGAUAUAGAAGAGAAGAAGGCAGACAUAGACAGUGGCAGUGGUAGUGGUGGUGGUGAGGGGGAGAAGAGCAGGAAGGACAACGCUAAUGAUGUAGACACAGGGGAGGAAGUGAAGGAGUCGGAAAACAGCAGUGACCCAGAGAAGACUGAGCCGGAUAGCGAGACAAAAGAGAACGAUAAUGGCAGGAGCAGCAGUAGCACCAGCAACCAAGAAGAGGCAGAGGAUGUGAGCAAAAUAAAAGACGAGCAACCAGAAGAGAGGAAGGUGAACGGAGAGGUCAGCGGAGAAGACGACGAGGUGGAAAGUGAAGCGGAGCUGGAUGUGAAGGGGAAGAAUUCAUCUACUACUGAAGAGGCCACAGAAAACAGAGAGAAAGAGGAAGAUAAAGAGAGUCGAGGCAAAAGUGGAAAAGCAAAGAAUUAGGAAAGAAAAAAUGUCAGACUCGUUGGAUGCUGGAACUAGAGAGCAAUACAAACCCUUAAAAUAAUGAAGGUGGCAGAGGGGAUUCACAGAAAGCAAAGCAGGGCUCCACUGCAAUGAGACAUGUCACGAGAUGGUUUUGUAGAAGCUGCAGAAAGAAAAGAAUGCUGAGCUAAAUAAAAAAGAAAAAUUGGCUGACCGGCUUGAAAAAUUAGCAAGUAUGAUAUCGAGUAUGUAUUCAUCAUAACUAUCAUGUAUAAAACAGGCUAAAUACAGAAAAGCUUAUCGUAAUAUGUCUUCAUUUUGAAUUAUGACAUGCUGUCAGGUUUCUUUACCGUCUCACAUUUGAACCCCAAGUUGUUUGUUUAUUUCCAACAGGUACAAUUCUGCUAGCAUCUUGUUUUUAUGUAUGAUUUUGUAUGCAUGGUAUGUUUGAAUAUUUUCCAAAGCAACUGUCACAAUUGAAAUUUUGUAGCUGGGUGUAAUAAGCCGUGAGGAAAUGAAAAAUGUGUAAUACUGUAUGUGUCCGAAAGAUAAGUUACGUGAAGAAUUUGUUUAAAAGUCUUACUUUUUCAACUGUUUCCCAUCAGAACUAUUUACUUCAGUAGUCACAAUGGCUAAUGCAUAUUUGUUUAUUUAUAUCUACCUGCAACUGAAAAAUAAAUCUAAAAUGACAGUU